UGCUCGAUGGUAGCCGCGGUCGCCGUAGUUUCAUUAAUUCGGUAUCUUGAUCGGUCUUUACAGUGAUUAUUGUGAGUAAAACACACUGAUAGACCUGUAAAGCACGCGCGACGAAGGUAAAAGGUGUUCAUGUAAAAGUUAACACGGAGAAGCGAACGAAAAGGAAAAACAAUGUUGAGUCUUUGCCGUCAAGUGUUAAUAGCCAACAGUCAAAAAGUCAGUACGAGAUGUCUGGGAACGAUAGUGCCGGUACCAAAUCCUGCUGACUUUCCUCUACAAAAUGAACCUAUUCUUAGUUAUUUGAAGGGUAGUCCCGAGAGAGCAGAAUUGGAGAAGACAUUAGAUAAAAUGUCUAAUGAAUGCGAAGAAGUACCAUUGGUUAUCGGUGGUGAGGAAAUUAAAACUGAUUUAUGUAGAUAUCAAGUCAUGCCGCAUAAUCACAAAGCAAAAAUUGCAAAGUAUUACUGGGCAACACCUGAUCUAGUCAAAAAAGCAAUAGAUGUUGCUGUCAAGGCACAGCGCGAAUGGGAGAAAUGUCCAAUCGAAACGCGUUUAGAUAUUUGGUUAAGGGCAGCUGACCUUAUGGCAAAUAAAUACAGGCAACAAUUGAAUGCUGCCACCAUGCUUGGACAAAGCAAAACAGUUAUCCAAGCGGAAAUUGAUAGCGCUGCCGAAUUAAUUGAUUUCUUCAAAAUGCAUGGAUAUUUCCUUAAAGAGGCCUUAAAAUAUCAACCGAUUUCGCCUAACCCUAAAGAAACUUUAAACUCAAUGAGAUAUCGCGGAAUGGAUGGUUUUGUUGCUGCAGUAUCGCCAUUCAAUUUUACUGCCAUUGGUGGUAAUUUAAGCUAUACACCUGCCUUAAUGGGUAAUGGAGUUCUUUGGAAACCAUCGGAUACAGCUUUACUUUCUAACUGGUGGAUAUUUAAAAUAUGCAGAGAAGCUGGUGUACCACCAGGUGUAGUCAAUUUUAUUCCGUGCGAAGGUCCUGUGUUCGGUGACACUAUAACUGCUUCACCUUAUUUGUCCGCAAUUAAUUUUACUGGAUCGGUGCCGACAUUUAAUCGUCUAUGGAUACAAGUUGGUCAAAAUUUGGGAAAAUAUAAAAACUAUCCUAAAUUAAUAGGCGAAUGUGGUGGCAAAAAUUACCAUUUUGUACAUGCUAGUGCUCAUGUGGAGUCGGUUGUUAAUGGAACCAUAAGGAGUUGUUUUGAAUAUAAUGGCCAAAAGUGUUCAGCUUGCAGUAGAAUGUAUAUCCCAGAGUCUUUAUGGCCUAAGAUAAAAGAAGGUCUUUUAGCGAUUCGUGACACGCUUAAGGUUGGCGAUGUUAGAGAUUUUACUACGUUCACUGGAGCUGUCAUAGACGCUACUGCAUUUAAAAGAAUUUCUGGAUAUAUCGAGCACGCCAAAAAAUCAUCAAAUUUAGAAAUAAUUGGCGGUGGAAAAUAUGACGAUUCAAACGGAUAUUUCAUCGAGCCAACAAUAGUAGUAACAAAAGAUCCGAAAGACAAAAUAAUGACGGAAGAAAUAUUUGGACCUUUGUUGACAAUUUACGUCUAUAAAGAUUCACAGCUCGAUGAAACAAUGAAAUUAGUAGAAUCUUCAACGCCUUAUGCUUUAACUGGAUCAAUAUUUGCACAAGACGAAGCUUGGGCAAGGAAGGCGCUCGAGGAAUUAAAAUACACGGCUGGUAAUUUCUACGUGAAUGAUAAAUCGACUGGGUCCGUUGUUGGUCAGCAGCCAUUUGGUGGUAGUCGAAUGUCUGGUACAAACGACAAAGCUGGUGGUCCUCAUUAUGUCCUCCGAUGGGCGUCACCGCAAUCGGUCAAAGAAACAUUCGUCCCUUUAUGUGAACACGGAUACGAGUAUAUGAGGUCUUAGGCGUAAGUAUCAUCAACAGCAUGCAAUAAUCAAGUGAACCUGUAUAUACUGUGCAAACAGUAUCUUCUAUUACGAAUUGAGAAACGCUGAUGGCUAUAGAUGGUCGAUAAAAAUGAGGAAGUAUCUUUAUGCAUUUCCUUUCACGUGGACUCGAUUGAAUUCACGUAUAUGUGGCGUUAUUUGCAUUCACGUUGCAAGAAUCUCGCGCUUUGUAGGAAUUUAUACUAUAAAGCAAAAUGCUUAUACACAUGGUCACUCGCGAUAAAGAUAGACGAUUCACAAAAAGAAUAUUCAGCGAUUGGUAUCACGUAUUCCAAUGGUUAACUAUUUUCUUGUGUUAAUGUUCGAUCGAUUAGUUUGGCGCCAAUAUGAAGGAUACGAGCAGUUGUAAAACAGGCAUUACCUGUAAAUCAUUUUGGAAGCUCUCAGGUUAGGUGCACAUUUAGUGCAGGGUUACAGAGGACGCGGAAUUUUCUAGACAGUUUCUCAUCGUACAUUGUUACGGAACGCAGUAAGUCGCAUAUGAACGGCUACGUUUAUGCUCUAAAAUUUUACGCUCAAGUUAGUACUUGGAUGUAAAUUUAGAUCUUGUAAAAGUAGUUAAUGUGCGAUGACCAACUGCUUUAUGUUGUUUACAAAAUCCUGCGCUGUAUCGCAUCACACUGUGCUGCGGUCACCCGCGCUCAAAGUGUGUUUAGCUUUACACCGAGACUACUUUAAUAUUUUCUGCCAAUAGAUGGAAACGAUGUUACGCAAUUUGCAGCAUGUAGAGUCAAUACUUAUUAAGAUCAAUUUUCAGUACAAUAAUAUUUUAAUAUCUCAGGAAUAUAUGUGUACAUGGUCGCAGACAGAGGCAUUUCAUUUAGUCCUUGCAUUGAAACGAUGCACGAACUUUUAUUACGAUAUUAGUCAAACACGAAUAUCGUUAAUAAAUUAUAAAAGAUGAAUGAUAAACAUAACAUCUGGGGUGUAUUUGGAGAUUGUGAUGAAUGCGUACUAGUUAGAAAAACCAUCUAACUGUGUUUUUCUGACCUAACCCUUUUUAUAUUCUUACCGGAUCGUUUAUAUAUGAUCGAUGUUACGUUGUAAACGCGCAACCCAAUUCAUUUUACUGUGUAAUUUAUAAGACAAUAUGUAGAAGCGGGACGAACACAGUAAAAUGCAGAAGUUACCCUUACAUUAUGUUGGCACACCCGAUCGUCGAUCGUUCGGGCAUGUUAUUGUUGACAGUGUGAUUGAGACAGAGUCUUGCAAGUCGAACGGUGAUUACUAAUUAAAUAUACAAUAAUAUGUUAGAUGUUGUGGCUGAUGUUAUAAUGUAAUUUAUUUU